AUGGACAUCUCAGUCACGAUUCGGACGCACCAUUCGCAUCUGCUCUCUCUUCACCGUCCGAGCCAUGAUCUGCCAGUACAGCGGUCAGAGAUCGAAGUCGUUCUUACACGCCCGCUUAGCUCAAGCAAGACUCUGAUGACAGAGCUAGGGCAGACGCCCAGUGGGCCUCCGUUAUCCGUCUUGCUUCAAGAAGACGCAGCCGCCAAGAUGAAGUCAGCCGCAAGCGUCAGUCAUUCACAGCCAGCUGAAGCGCAUCAAGCAUCGUCGUCGACAUCCCCGUCUCCAACGGGCACUCUCAACGCAUCUGCACUCUCACCAGAGGUUGGCGGACUGAUGGGCAGGCUUCCAUUCGAGCUGUGGGUCAAAGUCAUGGUACAGCUGGACCCAAAGAGCAUCACGCGAUGCCGACGCGUCUCGAGCUGCUUGAAGAGAUACGUGGACAACAGCGAAGAUAUCUGGAGGUGUGUGGCCUAUCAAUGGAAGCUCAUAGACAGCAUAUAUGCGCCCUUGCCUCGCAACACCGGCUCACCGCGACCGGCAGAAGAACGACUCGCACAGCAAAACCCUCUCAUGAGCAGCGCCACCGGCUAUUUCAACAAUAUCGUCUCGUUCAGGGACCUUUGCCGACGACAUGCGUGCUUGAACAGCACGUGGUCGACCUCAGACGUAUUUGCUCAACGAGGUGGUCAAAAAGGCAUGAGAUCCCAAGGCUCAAUUCACACUGGAUUGCCACUUACAGGCGCUCGCUACAGGAUCGGAAACCCCUUUCUCGGUACUGGGCCAGACGGAGACGUUCAGAUCGAUGCAGGCUUGUCCUCUUCAGGCUACGCCGUGGCUUCGAUUAACGUGCUCCAAGAAAACGCGCACUUGGUUGACACUCUCCCUCCGCCUCAGGUCAGCUCUAACUCGAUGGGCAAUGCAUAUCAAAGGAUGGGAGCUCUGUGUAGCGAAGGGUCUCGACACAUAGUCAUGUCUUACCAGAAAUCUUCAAGCAGACCUACCUUGACGGUGAUGGACUCUGUCAACGCGACCAAAUUUGACGAAACUGCAUCGAUCGACCUUGCAGAGCACUUUGGCGCUCCAGUAGCGGCACGGCUCCGCGGGCCUCUCUGCGUUAUGGCUACUAUCACCACCAAUUUGCUCGAAGCGGACCUGCCUGAGGAUGACGAGGCUGCACUAGGCUUCAUUCUGACAUGGGAUCUGCACAAAAAUAGUAUCAUUUCAAGUUGGCGACUCAAUGCCUUCCACCUUGUUGAGCAUGUCGACUUCGACGCAGUCAAUAAUCUCGUUUUCCUGAGAAAUGAGAUUGGGAACGUAGGGGUCUAUUGCCUGCUCAAUGACGUCGAGACAAAAUUUACCCAGUUGGCGUCGGUCUGCAACCCUUUCAACUUCAAUCUCAUAGACCUCCAUGACGUUGUUGCACCCUGGUAUAUUCCAUCGUCAAGCAUCCGUGCUUCACAAAUCUACCUCGGCACCGCUCUGCUCAACCUCUGUGAAAACAAAGCUAGACAUUGCUCCCUCAAAGUGGCUUGGCGCUGCGUUGAAGAUUCCUGCUUAAAUCCCAGCGUUGUGAAACGAGGCACUCUUGCCGGCCACAUCAGGGAGUAUAGCACUUUGCUGAGCCAAGAACAUCUCGGGCAUGUCGAAAUGUCAACCUCAAUCCGUUUCGACUCGAAGAACAACAUGCUGAUCAUCACGCACGAGUGGGGCUUGAUUCUGAUAAAAGGCAUGCGCAACGCCUCGAAUGCCUCUGUCAUGGUUGGUAUAAUACAUUAUCAUGUCAUCUCGGAGCAUUCUUCAAGCCAUCGCCUAGGAGUUCAGGAGACGCAGCGAGCUUUCACCACCGGUCGUGUAUGCCAAGCAAUGACACAAAUGCCAUACAAGGCGAGCGCCCUUACGCAUCUAAUUCUGGUCGACUACGACGCAUUUCGUCUAGACACGAGCUGGAAGUGGAAAAAGCAUCCGUUUGAGAAUGUCAAAAUUUGGCACAUCGAUCAACGCAGCCACCAAAACAACCAUAAGCCUGAUGCACGACUGUAUACCGCAACACAAAAAAGGAACAAAGGAUGGUCUUGCUCCGAUCCUUUCGUGGGCUUGCACAUGGACGCGACUACCAUCUACACGCUUAGGACGCGCUCAGGCCUGGAAUACAUGGACUUUGGACUAGCCAGUCGUCCCAGAAGUAGACCACAGAAGGCUGAGGAGAGCCCAUGGGAGAAGCAUCUUAGGCGCUCGCGAAAAGAAAUCAAGGAUUCCUGGUCGCGGUGA